UUCAUAUCAAGUCAAUCUCUUUAAAGAGGAAGAACAUUUUUCGUUUUAGAAAAUAUUUCAUAAAUACAGAAGUGAUUCCGUUCUUCAGAUUUUAAAUUUUAAAGUUGCUGUUUAUAGACUAUUCAAAUUGGUGAAAUUGAUUAAGCGAUCAAAUAAUAUUGUUUGAAAUAGAGCUUUUGUUGUUACUUUACGCUUUUAAAGAGAUAAAUUGAAAAUGGAGAAUGAUCCAAUGCAAAUUUUGGCCAAAGGAAUGGAGCUGGAGUAUACUGGAGAUGGUGCGAAUGCUAUAAAGGAAUACCAAAAAGCUAUUGAUAUUUUAAUUGUUGAUAUGGAGAAACAAGCUACCCUUGCAAGGUAUGAUUUGUAUUUCAAUUACAUCUUAAAGUAUAUAGAUAGAAUUGAGGAGAUCAAGAAAACACUUCCCAAAUCUAAUGUUCAACAAGGCAUGGUUUCACAACCAAUAAAUUCAAGUUGUGGAAGUAAGGUCACUCAACACGCAGGUCCAACUAGUGUCGCUAAUAACAUUCAACCGGAUACAGCUUCAAGUGGUGGCAUGUCAAUGAAAACCGAGACAACUAAGCUAACAGAGAAAGAAUCGACUCCAUGCCAACCAUUGCCAAAAGGAUGUAAUAAUAAUUCGGUUAGCGAUAUGGAUAUUGAUUGGGAGUUAACUAAUCGAAUACCAAAAGUGCAUAAAACCAUGUCAAAGGAAAAUGUCGCAUGCGAUUGUGCUGCUUUACCAGAAGAUGAACCACCAGUUGAAUAUAUACUACCACAUGAAAUGGAUGAUUCAGAUAACUCAUUCGAAAGCAUUUUGAGUGAUUCUAUUGAAUCAAAUUUUUCCAUAGAUGAUCCGGUUUAUGAGGAUAUUUCAUUUCAAGAAUUUUCAAUAGAAGCAUCUCAAGGAGUAAUUCAAGCAAACGGUGAUGAAAUGACUGAUCAAAUGUUUAUUGAGAGCAUUUCUUCAAGUCAUGGCAUUGAUAUGUACAAUAAUUCUCCGGAAGGUAUUUUAAUGGAAGUUGAGCCAUUAGAGGUGUAUGAUCCGCUUGGGAUAAUUGAUCAGGACUUGGAGUCAAUAUGUGCCGACUGGGGUUCAUCUGAUAGUGAAUGAAGUUAACAACAAUUAAAUAGUAAUUAUUAGCUAUAAGGUUAUAGCAAUAGCAAUAACUCUUAUAGCUUAAAGUUCAAAGUUCAACAUUUUUCAAAGUAAAGAUGUUAAGUUUUGGCGUACAAAAUCAAGUGCAAAAAUAAUUAAGAAAAUUUUAAAUACAUACAGAGAGAAAUACUAAUAAAUUAAUUGUACUGUUUGUUGGAAAAAUGCGUUAUUUAACACAUUUAACACAUUUAACAAUAAAA